AUGUGGAAGUCAUCGGCAUACGACCUUGACGAAGUUGAUGAUCAUGAGUGCUCGGAUGGAGUUGAAACUUACGAUGCUUGGUAUGAUGAUGGUGACACAUACUCGUAUGAUGAGUGGCAGCAACACUCGAGUGGUUGCAGCGCUGGACAUGGUGUCCGGAUGAUCAGGUGUGCUCUGGAUGAUGGCCAUGAUGAGUGCCGGUCAUCAAACCUGAGCCUCGAGGACCAGUAUGACUGUCUUGAGGCUGUGAAUGAGAUGUGUUUGGGCCGAGGCCCACAGGCCAGAGCCGUUACGCAUGAUGAAGUGGACAUUAUCCUCGACUCAGGUGCCGAUGUUUCGGCCCUUCCACUUCGUUUCUCGAGUGUUGGAGUGAGAGAUGACGCUGCAAGCAACAUGCGCUACUCAGAUGCCCAGGGAAACCCGCUGCGUGUGCGGGAGUUUCGCAUAGCUGAGGUGAGGAUCGGACCUUGCCGAUUCUAUGAGCGCUUUGCCCUGUCAAAUGUCACGCAUCCGCUGAUCUGUUUGGGCAAGCUGUAUCGUGCCGGCUGGUUUGUGCGGCCUGAGAAUAAUGUGCUGAAGCUGAGCAACGAUGCUCAAUCGGUUCCAAUCGGCUAUCGUCACCAGUCUUUCUGUGCCCAAGGAACGAUUCGCAUGUUGAGCCGUGCUGAGGUUGACCAUGUCAUGAGCCCGCCGAGAGCUCGAGUGUCCCAGAGCAGUUCAACGCAGUCAGGUCCAGUGUCCCAUAGCAGUUCGACGCAGUCAGGUCCAGUGUCCCAGAGCAGUUCAACGCAGUCAGGUCCAGUGUCCCAGAGCAGUUCGACGCAGUCAGGUUCAGUGUCCCAAGCCGAUGGUGCCAGGUCAGGUCCAGGUGCAGGAAGUGUGUCCGUUCAGCCAGGUUCGUCACCAUUGCAGGUUCGUGCGAUCGAGGUCACGCUCGGUACCAAGCUUGCAGGUUUGGAGCGCAACCGUGGAUGGGUUAAGAUUGCACCUUCAUGCUAUGUGUUGCAUUCUAGUUCUGCGCACCAUGUCAACACAACACUCGGUCCGUUUGAUGAGUUGCUUUGGAGACGUACCACCCUGUGCCGCAGAUCAGAUCGCUGGUAUCUUGAAGAGUACGGUGAGGAUGUCAGUGCACUUGCAGGUGAAGGCCAGUUGGAAAAACUUUUUGACGCAGGUGAGCCGGUUCAGUCAUGCCUCACGUUUGCGUGCAACAAGGCUGACAUGUCACCUGAGGAGCUUGGCUUUGCGUAUUCAGGGGACAACUAUGGAGUCGUGUUGCCGGCUCCUGCACCAGCUUCUGCAUCCCCAGCCGGGGAUGAUGGCAUGGAGCUAUCGCCUCCUGAGGCGCCCGUUGCGCCGCCUGCACAAGCCGUUCAAAAUGCAGAUGAGCAGCCCCCGGAGAAUCCUGAGGGUCAGUUGCCAGCUGACACUGUUGUCAUUGAGGGAGUUCGAGUGACAAGUGAGUCGUCAGCCACAGUUCUCAGGGCUGCCUGCACUAGUUUAGGCUUGAGCAAGGCAGGAAAUCGCCGUCAGUUGUGGCGCCGCCUAACGAACCACAUCAACUCCCAGCAGCUGUUAGUUGACAAACAUGUGGAGGCGAAUUUGGCGAGUUCAAGGGCUCGAUAUCCUUCUGCGCCCGCUGUUGCAGCCGAGCCUGAUGAGGCUACCAAGGCGCGUCACCGGUUGACGCAUGAGCCGUAUGAACCUUGGUGCGAAAUCUGCAUUAAGCACCGGGCUAGGCAGGAUGCACAUGCCACCUCGGUUCCGCACACCUCUUCAGAGAAUGCUGUUAUUUCAUUUGAUUAUGGGUUCUUGUCACGGAAGGGCCAGAGUCUCUUGAGCACAAAGCCUGAGGUUGGUGAUGAGAGUUUGACAGUGCUGUUUUGUGUAGACCGUGCCAGCAAAGCAGUGUUUGCCAUUCCUACGCAAAGCAAAGCCGGUGCCGCCACUUCAUUUCUGGUGACUGAAGCAGCUCGCUUCAUCUGUUGGCUGGGCCACUCGAAUGUCAAGCUGAAGUCUGACAAUGAAAGGCCCAUUCUUCAUGUCAUGCAUCACUUGCAGCGUGCACUGAGGAGCCUGAACAUUGGAGUUACUUUUGAAACGAGCCCUGUCGGUUCGCAUGAGUCGAACGGCGAGGUUGAGCAAGCUUUGCAGCGAGUUCGGCAGCAUGCGUGCGUGUUGAUUUCUCAGCUCGAGGAAGGUGCAGGCAUGACAAAAGAAGUGAUCAAGGUCGGUCACCCACUCUUCCAGGGGUCGGUGUUGCACGCGUGUUGGCUCUUGAAUCGGUUCCGGGUUCAGCAGAAUGAAACUGCAUUUGAGCGAGUGCGCUCAUCGAGCUAUGAGGGCCUCUGCUCAGUGGAUCUUAAGGGCGUCUGGCUUGGAAAGACAUCCAGAAAUGAUGUGAACAUCAUAGGCACGCCCGCAGGGAUCUAUGUCACAAGAUCCGUUCGUCGCCUUGCAAAUCCAUGGGACCUUGACUUGGCCGUGUCAGUUGAAACGUGCGUUUGGGAGCAUGGCCUUGCGUCACUUGGUUCGCAGCUUGUUCUGGCAAAGCGUGUUGCUCCACCAGCACCCGUUCCAGUUCCAGUCCCGGCGGAGGUUUCAAGUGGGCCCGUUGUCGCCCCAGGCGAAAAUGGUGUUGAGUUGGCAGAGGAUGUGGCUGCUAGCCCACAUGAUGUGGCGGGGUCAGACCCCAGCAGCAGCAACAGCAGUUCGCGUCGGUCGAGUGAUGUUGCAAUGUCGGCCAAUGAUUCGUUCAUGUCAGUCGCGGAUGAAGCUGGAGGUGUUGGCUUCUCGAUCCGUGCCGUGCACCAGUAUGGCCAUGAGGAUGAAUCACCUGAGCUGUGCUUUGAGUCUGAGCUCGUUGAAGGAUUUGAGGAUGACGAUCUUCAGGACGAAGAUUGGGAAGAGCCGGAGGAGGUUGAUUUGUCAGAAUAUGAGAAGCAGCUGAUGUUUCCUCGUGAUGGGGAUGAUCCUCCAUCCAUGCCCCAGGACAGGCUUGAUGCGAUUGACUUGGUUGCCGAGUUUGUUGAGGUCGAGCGUUUGAAGAAGAUUGGAGUCCUGCUUGAUCCGAGUACCCUCUCCGGACACAGCCCUGGGGAAGUGAAGCACUUGACAACGCGCAUGGUCAAGGACUGGCGUGAGAAGGUGCAUCAAGGAAAGCCAAUCUGGCUUCGACGUGCAAGGUAUGUGGCUCGUGAGUUCGCUUGGCUGUGCGAGCGCUCGGACACUUUUGCCCCAGCUUCCUCAUGUCUUCUGAACCGCUUGCUUCCGAUCCUCUAUGCCACCAGCACCGAGCCUGACAAGUGUUUGGUUGCAGUUGAUAUAUCAGACGCAUUCUUGACCGUCGACCAGUCGGUUCCGACGGAGGUGGUGUAUCGGCCCACAGGUGGAGGUCCUGAGGUCAAAUUUGCUUUAGGCAAGCUCCUGCCGGGGCAGCGUGAUGGAUCUGAGAAGUGGUAUAGUGCUUUUCUUGACCGCUUGAGCUCAAGUUUGGAUGUGGAGGCCUGUGAAGCGUACCCCACGCUCUUGAGGACCAAGGCUUUGGAGAGCGUAAUGCAGCUUCAUGUGGAUGACAUGUUGUCUUUCACUACAUUGAGGUAUGCCACUGAGAAGCUCAGGCCCGCAUUGCUUGCGAAGUAUAAGAUCAAGUUUGAGGUACUGCAGAAAGCGGGUGAUGUUCUGUGGUUUUUGAAACGCAAGCUUCGGUUGGUUGCUGAGGGCCAGUUGCUGAUUAGCCCGCACCCGAAGUACCUCGAGAGGCUCCAGAGGCUUCUCAAGAUCCGCUCAGAGGCCCGGAAGAAGGCCCCUUUCCUGAGUGAUCUGGAAAAGCUUGAUGGCAGCCCUCCUUUGAGCCCUGCGGAUUCAAAGCUGUUCAGGUGUUGCAUCGGUGUGCUGCUAUAUGUUGCGCAUGACUGCAUAGACUGCCAGUAUAGCAUCAACAUGCUCGCAUCGAAGAUGAGCGCGCCCACUGAAUUGAGCAUGAAGGGUUUGCGCCACCUGGUGGCGUAUAUGAACGGCACUUGUGAUGAAGGCUUGAUGUUGUGCAAUCGCGGUGAGCGCGUUGGCCUCCUGGGCGAUCACUUUGAUCACGAUGUGUUGGUAGAGACUUUCAGUGACGCCAACUGGGCUGGAGAUCAGGUGAGCCGCAAGUCGACUUCUGCAGGAGUGAUUGCAGUGCGAGCUAAUGUGCUCACCACAAGCUCGCGCACGCAACGCGUGAUAGCUUUGUCUUCAGGAGAAUCUGAACUCCUGGCAUCAGCCUCUGUGUUGAGUGAUGCCAUGUUGGUGCGAGAGUGCGUGAAGUUUGCAUCAGGAUUGAAUGAGAGCCCGUGCAUUCAGCACCAUGUCGACAGCACAGCUGCCUUGGGCGCACUUCGGCGCCAGGGAGUCGGGAAGAUCAGACAUCUUUCUACACGUAUCCUUUGGCAGCAGCUUCUUGUGAAACAGGGCGUCAUUGCCACCAACAAGGUUUCUACGGAUUAUAAUGUAGCAGACAUUGGGACUAAAGGGUUGAGUCGCGCCCGAACGUUGUUCCUUAAGCAUUUGCUGCAUGUGUAUGAUGAAGCCGAAGGUGAAUACGUUGGUGAGGCUGAAAUGUCGGAGCAGGUUGAGAAGGAGGCGAUGAAAGAGGCUGUGAGGCGGUUCCGUCAGUCGCACCAGCGAGCCAAGGUUCCGAAAUGGCAGCUUCGACGAAUUAUGAUCGCCGCUUUGCUCUCGUUGCCUGGUGCCGACGCAGUCUCUCCGGUUGAUGAUACGAACGCCUUGAGCCCCACUUCGUGCUUUGGAAGCUUCGUUGUGCCAAUCACUGUCCUUGUGUGUGCCAUGCUCCUGCAGGGAUGCCGCAGUGAGCAGCAAUGGGUCAAUGGGUUCAGGUUGUGA